UAGACCCUGGCUACUCCGAUCGUUUCGUCAAUGACCUGCGAUCGAAAUAGUAUCCUAGACACAUCCGUAUCGACAUUUGUCAUUCUACAACAAAUCGCGGGUGAGGGACAUUGCGAGGACAGUGAUAACUCACAGAAUUUUCGACAGCACCUCGAGUGCUCUGACGAGUCUUAUAUCAUCGAAGAGAACUCGUUAAUCGCAGAUAAUGAUAGUAACGAGAAGCUGAAGCGAUCAGUUCGCCUCGAUGAGCACCGAGGAAUGAAAAUACACACGAAAGAUAUUUUAACAGCUACAAGGGCGACUGUACCCCGGACAGUUGUGAGAACCAAAAGUUACAGGAAUUUGGUGGGCCAGUGGUUUUUGGGACCGUGCGGUGCCAACGAGUACCACAACGAGAGUAUCGUCGAAGAAGACGAGACAAUCGAUAUGGUUGAAGCUGGACCAUCCCAUGAAUUCGAUGAAUCUCCAGGCCGAGUCAGUCGCUCAGAAAACCACGAAAUAAAUGGUGAAAAUUGGCGAGCUGAGGAGGAUGCGGAUUCCAGUGAUAAAGAUGAUGAGGAAGUUGAAGAAGCUGAUUUGAGACCUGUUACGCCAAUUCCAGAUAAUCCCACUGUCUCCGGCUCAAUUUUAGACCCACCAGAAAUAAAAGUGACAGAGGACGAGAGUCUUCACCAAAUGGCGCACGAAUAUCGGGAAAAUUUCGACGGAUUUGCGCAGAUAAAUUGUUUUGAAUCAAUCGAGGAGAUGCACGACUUCAUAAAAAAUACAUUAAGCACUUCGCCACCCCCUGGAGAUACCCCUUCUUCGAAGCAAGAUCGAUACCUCGAUCUAUUGCUGAACGAGAGGCCUGAAAAUCGGUUUCGUCGGUUAUUGGAGACAGUUCGAGUGACAGUUCGCAGAGUUUUGACUCGGAACGAGGAUAUCUUGGGGGAUCUCUUCGCAUCUGCAAGUUUGGAGACCUUUCCGAGCCCUUUAGCUCCCAUCGACGAGUACGAGAUGGGUCUCGAUGAAAACGAGGACGGAGACACUUCGAUGGAGAACCCCAGAGACUUGGAAGUCGAGGAGAACAUGAAGAGGUGGUACAUGAUCGAGAUGAUUGGCUUGUGGUUGAGGAUGAUAACGGAUGUCAAGGGCUAUCGUGGAACUAUCAAGAAGAGAGUCUUGAUGAAGAGCUGGGGAAUUGAGAAUGAUCGGUACGAAGGCAUUGCUGUACCCUUGAGGUACAAAUAAUUCGGGCACUCAGCCAAGAGGAACUCUUUCCAAUCUAGUGACCUUUACCACUUCAACAAAUAUUCCU